AUGGAGUCGGUUAGGCGCGCUCAAGGUUGCUGGACUUGUAAAAAGCGCAAGAUUGGCUGUGACAGAGGCGAGCCAUUUUGUAAUAACUGCAUCCGUACUGGCAGAGAGUGUCUCGGCUAUGGACUUCGACUGGCAUGGCCCGAUCAACCUGAUGGACGCCGCCGCGUGAAUCGGCUGCCCGAGCAAGAAAUACGUUCACCCUCGACCAACUCAGAAUACUAUGGCAAGCAAUUCUUGAAUGUGACCUACGCAGAUCUUGCUCUGGCAGGAAGUGGUUCGCCGCCUGACGGCCUGGCUGUCAUGCGCAGUGGCAUAGCGCGUCCCAAACGACUCAUAUCAUUUAUUCCAAAUGUUCAUGAGAGAGAAUCCUAUCUCAUCACAUAUUACGAGGGCCGGCUCGCGCGCAUGAUUUCGACCAUCGAUGUUAACAACGGCUUCCGUGACGAGCUACUCCCUAUGGCCAUGUCGAAUCUCAGCCCGGCCUCUGACGGUUUGCGCAAUGCGAUGCUGGCCUUGGCCGCGUUCCAUCUGUGGGGCCCCGAGCAAGCCUUGCCCUACAAGGCAAUGGCUCUUCGAUCCUUGUAUUCGUCCCUCAGCAGCGAUUCUGUUGGCAUUACGGAGACACAGCUGGCAACAUCAAUGAUGCUGUGCGUCUACAAUGUCUUCGAUGAGACAGAAGGCAACUGGUAUCUUCACUUAAACGGAGCCAAGAACAUACUUUGCCAACUUGCAGGCGUACGUGGGAGUCUCUUGAAGUACGGCUUCCUGUACACCUGGUUCCUCUAUCACGAGAUCCUUGGUUGCUUCGUUGAUCCUCUGCGACAAGGCAAAGACGGGCCUGCUUCUAUACGUCUGCGACGUGAUAUGCUCUUUGACCCGUCAAUUAUCGUCGGAUCUCUUGGCUGCUCAGUAGAAGUCAUGGAGAUCAUCAGCUACGUAAAUGGGUUACGGGCCAUUGAGCUCAAGGGAGAGUCAGCUGCAUUCUCUCCAGGGGAACAACUUUGCAGAAACGAAGAAUGGCACAGUAUCGAAAGUAGGUUAUCCAACCUGAAUCAACGACUGGACCCCGAGUCCGAAACGAAAUUGCCAACGCAAGAACGCACCAGGAUUCGUACCACCGCCGAAUUGUACAGAAUUGCUACCUUUUUGUACCUCCAGAGAACUAUCAACAAUGCUCAAGUACAAGAGACCAGGACAGUGUAUUUAGAGCAGGCCUUCCGAGUAUUGGGCAGUAUGGCUGUGUGUACCAGCCCUUGGCCUCUUUUUAUCAUCGCUUGCGAAACUGAGAGCGACGCACAACGGAUCGUGAUUCUUCAAACGUUAGAUCGAAUGGACGAAGAGCGUCAUAUUGGCAACGUCUUUGUUCUACGAAAUAUCAUCGAAUCAUUCUGGAAGCAACAGGACCUCCAAGUAGACAGUGGGCGGGCCUGCAACAUCAAAUGGUGGGAUGUCGUCGAUCUCAACACGGUAGCUCCCUGGUUCAUCUGA